AUUUCAGUUGUUGGGAGUUUUAUCAGUUUGCUUUUGGUGUCUUAUCUAAAUCUCUCACCCAUGUUAAUGUCAAGUUGAAGACUUUUAAGAUUUAACUCAUUAUUUUAAGCACAUAGCUUUUAUUAUCAUAUAAUCAUGACAACAGUUAUUGACGUGACGAAUGAGGACACGGUGUUAGUGGCUAUGGAGUCAACUGCUUGUGAACCUCAUAAUGCAGCUCUACCUGAACUUUCUGGAGUUUCUUCCAUAACAUCACAGAGUGAGACUGCUGAAAUCUCUGAAAAACAACAACUUCGAGUUUACUUGAAGGUGCGCCCUUUCAGUGAAGAGGAACUCCGAAGCAAUGAAGAUCAGGGUUGUGUUGUAUUGGAAGACUCUGAGACCAUUGCCCUUCAUGCUCCUAAAGGAUCUGCCACCAUGAAAAGCAGCGAGAAAGGAAUUGGUCAACAGGUUUAUAAAUUUAGCUUUACCCAGAUAUUUGGACCAACAUGCACUCAGGCAGAGUUUUUUGAAGGCACAAUCAGUUCACAGGUGCAUGACUUCAUUCAUGGGAAAAAUGCAUUGGUGUUCAGUUACGGUGUGACCAAUGCUGGAAAAACAUACACUGUACAAGGUUCUCAGAAAGAACCUGGCAUUUUGCCACGUGCUUUAGAGGUUGUGUUUAAGCACAUUGCUGGCCGCCAGUAUGAGCAUAUGGACUUAAAGCCAUAUUUGAGCUCAGAUGUGCAACAAUUGGACUCUGAGCAGCUAAAAGUAGAGAAGAAUGCCAAGGCAGCACUAUUCAGUUUGCUCAAAGAGGAGCCUGAACCCACAAAAUCCAGUAGAAAUAGGAGCUCAACGUCCUCAGUCAGUAGUUUGUCAUUUUCCAGCGUUUCAUACGACCACACAGCCGACAGUGAUGGGAUGGUUGAAGGGCAAUGUCUGUACUCUGUUUGGGUGGCGUUUUAUGAAAUCUACAAUGAGCAUGUGUAUGACCUGCUUCAGCUAGCCCACACCAGCAAAACCAAAAGACGUCUUGCACUACGGGUUUGUGAUGACAGCACGGGGAGCUCUUACAUUAGAGAUUUAAGAUGGGUUAAUGUGCAGAAUGCAGAGGAGGCUAAUAAGAUCCUACGUGUUGGCAAUAAGAACCGCAGUGCAGCAGCAACCAAGAUGAACCAGUCAUCCAGCAGAAGUCAUAGCAUCUUCACCAUCAAACUGAUACGCAUGGGAGGAGAUGUUCAGGGACUGUCAGAUCUCUCACUUUGUGACUUAGCCGGCUCUGAAAGGUGUAACAAAACCAAAACAUUUGGAGAGCGUCUGAAAGAAGCUGGUAAUAUAAACAAUUCACUGCUGAUUCUAGGCAAGUGUAUUGCAGCACUCCGGAAUAACCAAGGUUGCAGGAUGAAGAUGAGUUACAUCCCAUUUCGAGAAAGCAAAUUGACAAGGCUCUUUCAGGGAAUGUUUUGUGGGCGUGGCAGGGCUUCCAUGAUUGUGAAUAUUAAUGAGUGUGCCUCAACUUACGAUGAGACCCUCCAUGUGAUGAAGUUCUCUGCUGUUGCCAGACAGGUGUUACAGGUUAUACCUCAAAGAUCUCUUGAGUCUCUGGCACCACGUCUUGUUGGUCUGGAUGGGAAGCCAUUGCUGAAAAAUGGAGUAAUUGAUGACCAGGCUGUGGAUGACUACUUGUCAGAGGAAGAGCUGCUGGAUGGAGAUGAGGCAGAUAUGUCAAUAUUGCCUCAAGAGGAGUUGGUAAGCUUGGUGGAAAGCUUGCGUGUAAAGCUGUUGGAUGAGCGCAGGAAAAAUCUGCUGCAGGAGAUUCAGAUACGGAAGGAGAUGGGAGAUGCAAUGUUGCAACAGAUCAUGGAGUCAGAGGAACUGCACAGUCGUCAGAUGGUGGACCUAAAGGAGAGUUAUGAAGAGAAGAUGGACAGCACAUUUGAGAUGUAUAAAGAGGCGUUGAAGGAGCAUGCAUACCAAUGUGCUCUGGAGAGACUAGAAGAGGAUUACAUCCCUAUAGAGGAAUACAAUGAAGAGCAAGAGCGAGUCAAGGAGCUAGAGAAGCUUGUUCGAGAGUUGGAACAGAAAUGCCAGCGUUGCGGUCCUCCACUCAUGCAGGACAACUCCAUGCAAACGAAUCCAGUUCCUGCCACAGAGUCAGAAAGGUUCAAAAUGCUGUACAAGGAAAAGUGUGCGGUGGAGGAACUAUGUGUUGAGAAGCAAGAGUUGAUUGUGUCUUUCGAGCAGCGGAUCAGUGAGUUGCAUGAGACUCUGCAGGAAGCUGGGGAGAGCUACAUGGAAAAACUUGCAGAGGUCCAAAAUCUACAAAACAGACUCUCAAAUCAGGAGCAAAAAAUUGAGUGUUUAGAAAGUGGUGUCCUGGCUAAAGAGAAGGAGAUAAACUGUUUGCGGCAGGAAAUUGCAAAGCUGGCUAAUGAUUCUGUAGGACAGCCUCGUCCAAGGUGUGGUCUGCUGGUCAACAUUAAAGAAUCAAUGACUCCACAUUCUACAGGAAGUCUAUGUCGCACCAUUAAAAAGUCUGUAAGGGCAACAACAUCUCUAAGGAAAAAGCAGAGCUGAUUACAUGCUUUGAAGUGCUACUGUAGCACUAUUUGUUGAAUGUGUUUCUAUGUUUUUAUUUGUGUAAUAAAAGUCUACUUUUAAA